AUGAAAACGUUUGCGAGCCGCAACCGCAACCCACCACGUUCAAUUUCCUUCCACUCUAUUCAAGAUGCCUCCCAGGAUCCCUACCAUGUCGCUCUUGCGCUCUGCCACCCGCGCCUCCCUCUCCUCCACCAUCCUCGCCCCCGCAACCGACCGCUCCUCGCCCGCCUCCUCUCCGACCAGACCCGCCAGGCCAUCGACAAGGCCGUCAGCACCGCCCCCGUCAUCCUCGGCAUGCAGGGUGUCGACCCGGCCAAGUUCGCCGCCUUCAACGUCCUCGAGGAUGACGAGCUCAGGCAGGGCAUCAAGGAGUACUCGGACUGGCCCACGAUUCCCCAAUUCUACCUCGAAGGCGAGUUCAUCGGCGGCUGCGAUAUCCUCGUCUCCAUGCACCAGAGCGGCGAUUUAGCGACUCUGCUGGCCGAGAAGAAGGUCCUCUUUGACCAAGCAGAGAGCGAGAAGAAGGAUGCUUAG